AUGCUGGACUUUCAAGAUCGCUUGUUUGAAAAACUGGGAAAACUCAAAUACCUGUAUGUUACGCGUACACAUGAAGUAAUACAAUGAUUCAGAAUAUUACGAGACAUGCCAGGGGCAGUUUAUCGGCUAGCGCCCUGGACCUUAAAUGGAGAGGUCUGGGUUCGAGACAUUUUGCCCUCACAGUGCUUCCACCCAGGGUACCAAUGAACUAUCAGAGAAGCCUGAUGAAAAAGCUUGAGGGCAAACUGUUACUUCCACAUAAAGCAGGAAAAAUUCCAGCACCUUGGAUAACCCUUCUAGAUCCCUUUUUAGGCUUGUACUAUUUCGUGUUGCAAGAUAACUGUAUCAAACAUCAAGUUUGUUUCACAGUUUGGAAAUUUUUCCUAAGCAUCGAGCGCUCUUAUUGGUUACCUUGGGGUCGUAGUGUGCCGCAACACUCUUGGAAAUGUAAUAUCCCGACAGGCGUAAAAAUCCACUGGACUAAAAGUAAAAUCAGCUAAACCCAUUUUUAUAUCAGAAAAAAAGGUGCAAUUUAUUGUUAAUUCUUGCAGAGAUCUUUCAUACAAUCGUGUCAGUUACCUAGAUGACGACCUGUUCAGUGAUAAGUUAACAAGCCUUGAAUUUCUGUGAGUAAAAAUACAACAGAUAUUCAUAUCUUCCUUGAUCAGCCAUUUAAAAGGUCAGGAGGAGGGGGGGUUAUUCCUACUUCAAGUAUCAAGAUCCGAUUUUUCUUCCCGAAGCCUCCCGAAAACUACUCAACGAACACAACCCGCUUUCCUUUUAACAAUAUUUCUUACUAGAAGAGAAUCAAAAAUCUCAUGAACGUUAAUGUGACAAAAUACUUCAAAAUUAUAGAUUCCUGCAGCAUAACGAUCUGCAAGCAAUAACAGGAAACACUUUUACGGAUGUCCCCACUUUAAGAUACCUGUGAGUUGAUACAUUAAGGUAGAUCUGCAAGUCACAGAAAAUGUCCUAAAACUUUGUACCGUUGCUACUUUGAUUCAAGCCAAUAUAAUUAAGCGAAGUUUAUGACAAAAAUUCUAAAAUGCGCACACUUUCACUUUAAAGCUGAAUGUGCACUUAAUAACUGAUCAAAUUCCUGCAUUCAGCUGCAGAUGACAUAUCAAAUAUGUGCAUGGUCCGCGAUUGAAUUAUUGUCCAAAAGACAGACGAGAAACAAACCAAAAGAGGGUAACUGGGGAAUUUAAAAACAAUCUCUGGUCAGAACAGGGCGUUAGUACUUCCGAUGAGCCAGAAAGUUUCAAUAUUUCGACCCGACAUUAAGAAUGUACGUAUAAUUCAGGGACAAACAGAAUAAUGAAGUGCUUAGGUAAAAAUUUUCAAUUUACGAAUUCACCAAACGCUCGUGCGCUUCUUUACUUCCAAUCCUAGUCUGCUGAGUAACAACAAUAUAACUGUGAUUCCUGAAGGAGCCUUCAAGAGGAAUCUUAAACUCGAGAUGUUGUGAGUUUCUUACUCUACUUACAAAGUUGAUUUAAAAUGGUGUUCUAGAACAGAUUGUACUCGAAGUUUUUCUGGAUUAAGUUGGAACUUUCCUUCUUCAGAGGAACGUUUCUAGAACUUUCCCAGCAAUUGACAACUUCAUUUGUGUAUUGGCGUUUCUGCUGCAUAAGCCAGAGAGGCCUGUUAGAAUUAUGACCUCUUUAUGCGACAAAAUGGCAUAAACAGAAUGGAUUUAGAUUGACAAACCAGCCGUCUAAGUUAUAGUCGAAAAAAUUGUUUAUUUCGUCAUGUUUCUGUUGUGAAUUAUUUUCCUCAGAGUGUUGAAUGAUAAUGAAAUUGAAAAACUCGAGAGACACGCCUUUGGUUUUGACGAGAAUGAGCAGACGCCCGAUGGAGUCAUCAUGUGAGUGAGCUUCCCCGCGGGGAGACAUAAGUUAUCUAAAGAGUAUGUUUUAUAUUAACUUGCCGCCCCUCAGGAGAAUAAAUACGUUAUUUUGCCUACAUUAUUGGCGCAUGCAGUCCUGGAGGAAAAAACGGGGGGUUACAUUCGCCUGCCCCAUGGGGGUGUGCUGCUCCUGAUGGCGACUCACGGGUUAUACAUGCAUGCUAUAAAGGGAUGUGCUACCCCCGAGAGGAAUGCGUGAGUUACACCUGUACGUAUACAUACUUUAUAUACAGCCCUUAAUGGGAACACUUGCCUGUCCCUAGGGAAAUACAGCCCCCGAGGGAGAUUCAUGGAUUAUACUUUUAUGCUAGGUAGGAAUAAGUAGCCCCCAAAAAGGAUAUAUGAGUUGUCUUUUCAUGCUUCAUAGAGAUGAGCAGCACUCGAGGAGGGAUACAGGGUUAAUGUUCGCCUACUCGAUAGGUAUGUGCAGCUCCCGAGAGGGAUAUAUGGGUUACAUUAUCCGGCUAGAUAGGGAUGAGCAGUCUCCAAAGAGGAUACAGUACUUUCAAAUGGGUAGAAUUUUUUUAUCAUGGCAGGAAAAAAACACUUCUAGUUUUACAGUAAUAAAGAAAACGUGCUUGCAACGACGCAACUUGAUUGUAAGACUAAAGAGUAAAACCAGCAAAACGGACAGUAUUUUUCUUGACCUCUUUCUUCAGAUACAUGAUCCGGACAAAUGUACCAGAAAUGAAUCUCGAAUCCUUUUAUGGCAUCGGAUCUGACGAUUUUCAUGAACUGUAAUUUUCAGUUAAAUGUUUUAAGUAAUUCCAAAAUUUACUGGGUUGCUUAAUCACGCCGUAAUAUGAUCACUUUAGAAAUCUGUACCCUCUCUUCCAAUCAGAGGAAACUAUAUAACAAAUCGCGACCAGGAGAGUUUUUUUCUGCGCGUUAAAACCGGGCAGACUCUUGAAAACUUCCUCUGAUCUUUCCGCUGUUUGUCUUGAUUGGCGAUAGUCAUUAAUUUUGUUCUGGAUUUAUCGCACUCAAUUGAAAUUAAAAUUAGGGUUUGCAAAUGUAACUGAUUCAGCUAAAAAGUAAGUUACUGAACGAUAGAUCAAAGUUUCCCGCGAUAGCUUUACAUUUUUGAAAUGUUGAACUGAACACGAUUUAAGCAUUGUUAAGAAUACAGCCCGUGUGGGCACAGGCCUCCACCUCGAAAUUAUGUUGUUGUCAAAACCUUAGUAUUUCGCAAUUCCGUUUUAUGCAACGUUUUAUUUCUUUACAGGACAAUGAAUGACGAGCUCAUUGGAAUUGUAAGGUUCUACACGAAAAAGGAAAAAACUCUUUGCAGAAUUUAUCUGUCAGUACACAAAAAAAUUCCUUCGUUUUCCCUGAAAACCACGUGAUCCCCAACAUUCUCCAACGCCCUCCCCCAGAUAAAUAUUGACUUGUCUCUGACGAAUCAACAAACCAGGUGCUGAAAAUAACAACAAGUAAACGUUCAACCUCUUUGCCGGACGAAGACUAGAAGUAUCGCAAUUGAAACGUCGCCAUUAAUACACGAUUGAUUAGCCUGACUCUUGCAUCGUGAAACAAACGAUUACACAUUCCUUUAUCUAUAAACAGCAAUAUUUUCUAUAACAAAGCAGGUUUCUUUGUAGGAAUCCUAAUGCAUCGAACGUGGAAAUGGUCAGCGUAUCAGGGAAGAUUUAUGAAAGAGCGAGACUGGAUCUUUUGAUCAGUUUCAUGAACCUGGGUUUUGAACAAGUGGAGCAUUAUUAUGAUGCAGAGAAUAUGACCCAUCACUAUAAACUGCUUCCCUGCCCAGAGGGGACUUAUUCACUUAAAGGCAAAGGAUGCAAAAAGUGUCCACCAGGUAGUUUAUUGCCCCUACGUUGUAACAAUUGAUAAAGUAGACUAGUGUAUUCUAAAACAGAGGAUAGCGUUAAAGGCACGCUCUGAUUGGCUACUAAACUCUGAAUAUUCUUUGCUAUUUACCUCCACGCCACUCGCGCGGGAUUUGCGCCCGAAAAUAUUGUAAUUGUUGCAGGAAUAAAUCAUCUCGCUGUUUUAGUCUAUACUUAAAAAAAACAUGCACCUCCACUUCGGCGAAUACCUGUUAAAUAUUUUGAUAUCAUGAAAAUUAAAUUUAAAACUGUUAUCUCCUUUAAUUUACUCUGGAUAUUUAAUCCACUGCCCUCAAGAGUUUAUCUGACUUCAUCUGAACUAAGCCUAAAUGGAGGCAUCGACCUUGUACAUUUUUACAAGCUUCUUAUUACUCCUACGGAGCAGAGAAUCAGGAGAAAUAAGUCUGUAUGACUACUUUUUACGGCUUUCUUUCGUAGGGGGUUUUCUUUCCGACAGUGCUGGCUAUGUUGCGGACCAGUGUCUUACCUGUCCACGUGGCGCGUACGUGAAAUUGGACAUCUAUCCAGGAACGCGCUAUAAACAUUGUAGGGCAUGUCCUCGAGGUUAGUAAUUCAAAACUCAACAAUUGUUCAGCAGGGGUUAUCUAGCUUAGAGAAGGAAUACCCAUUAGUACAGGCCUUGCUACAUAUGUUGAAAUCCCUCUAAACAUAAUUUUAGACCAAGCAGAGUUUUUCCUACUUCUACAAUAUUGGGCUUCCUGAAUUCCAGUUCAAGCUUGGAUCUCUACACAUGAAUCACUCCAUGGAUGCACCACUGCUAAGAAAUCCUUACUUACCUACUUCUCUUACUCCAACAGGAACAAAUACAGAUUCAAUGGCCGGAAAGAUCGCUUGCCAUUGCUUGGAUGGAUUCCAUCGGACCGAUAUUUUUGGCAAAUGUAUAGAGUGCGAGAGAGGUGGUAAACACGAGGGCCUGGAAUGUAAGACUGACUUUUUGAAUCUGAAACCUGGUUAUUGGUGGGAAUGGCAGAACGAAACACACAGGGAACGAUACAGAAAUUUCUCCACAAAUCUCAUAAAUCCUCAAGAAUCCUUCGAUAACUCGUUCAGGGAUUUCAACUAUCCUAUGCCGAAGGCAACCAAAUGUCCAAGGGAGGAGUCUUGUCAAGGGGGGGUGAAUGCCAUUGACAAUCCUUGCAAGCCUGGUUAUGAGGGUCCCGUCUGUGGCAUUUGUCAGUUUGGAUACUACAAACAGUUGCAGGUUUGCAGCAAAUGCCCAACUAAGAAGUCAAUGGCAAUACAGUUAGGAAUGUUGGUCGGAUUCUUUCUGUUCAUUGUGGCCAUUUUGGUUUGGUACAGCAGGAAGAAGACGAAAAAAGCUCGAGGACGCCCUUUGAUUGACAUCAUCUUCGCCAGACUUAAAAUCAUAAUCGGAUUUUACCAGGUUACCUAUGGUUUACUCGAAGCUUUCUCGUUCGUCAAAUGGCCAAAUGUCCUUGACGAUAUCGCCCAGUAUUCAGAAUUACUACAGCUGAAUUUUCUGCAGAUUGCUCCUCUCCAUUGUCUGUUCUCGAGUCUCCAGGUGGACGCAUUUGGUAGUCUGUACGCUAGCAUGGGAUUGAAUGCUUGUGCUAUCGCCUUUUUUGCAUUCAUUCUCGGUGUGCGUUAUGUGAUGGUCACCUUAAGUAACAGCCUGACCCAGAUGGAAAAAGCCAAGCGUAUUUCACACGCCAAAGAACUCGUCUACAGGAAUUUGUUCUUCUUCCUCUUCGUGACGUAUCUGAGCACGUGUUCUAAAACGGCCAAUGUCCUGCCACUCGCCUGCCGACGACUUUGCCGUGACAAAGAAGGGAUAUUAUGUGACGACUACCUCAAAGCUGACUACGGCAUCCGCUGUCACGGAACGAAGUACCACUUACAGCUCAUUGGGGCCUACUUAAAUAUCCUUUACAUAAUCGCCCUCCCAGCCUUCUCCAUCACUGUGCUUUGGAGAGAGCGGGCGCUGAUUAUAGCCCAGAAGGAAGAAAAGAGAUACCAGGAGACCCUUCCUAAUAAAGAGAUCGUCACCGGAUUACGUUUUCUUUAUGAAAAUUACGACACACCGUCUUGGUAUUGGGAAGUAAUUGAGAUGGCUCGCAAGAUCACACUCACUUCCGGUCUGAUUCUGAUUGGACAAGAGAGCAGGGCUUAUGUGGGUGUUACGUGUGUUCUGGCAGGCCUGUAUGGUAUGACGUUUGCCUACAUUGCUCCCAUUCAAGACUACUUCGAGAACAAGCUGAUGGUCACAGCUCUCUCAGUCACGUUCAUAAACCUCGGAAUUGGCGCCGUGAGCAGAAUCCCAUCAGAGAACAGGGAGCCUUUCAAAGAUCCACUCAUGGAUACAAACAUAUUCAAGAUAACCGUUCUAGGAGCGAAUACUUUGGUGGUUGGACAGCUUAUCUGUAAGAUGUCACUUCGGGGGUUGGGGGCACUAAUCGUUGGGAUGAUUUUUAAGCACAUUAGAUUGAAGCCCAGUACCCUGCUAAUUAGCAAUUGAAAUGAUAUAGUUUACCGUGGUACUUCAACUUAAUUAGUCAGCCGGGUAAUUUAGGACGGCGAACGCAGCAGAGGAAACGCAGAUGUGAAAGAGCGUCAAGUGAGCGUGAUGCUUUGCCGGUCACACUCACUCACCCACUUAAGAGGAAUGUAGGUUUUGCCAUGAGAAAAUUUUGAGCAGAACGCGAAAAGAAAAUUAAUAAACAGUAUAGCCUUGUACACCAAAGAAUAAGAGAGAGACCAUGGAAAUAUCUUGUUAGAUAUCAGUGACGAGGCCAUACCUCACGGUCUCGUGAGUGAAAACUCAGACAAUUAGAGACCCUACUCUACCUUCAAGUGUCUAUCAUUUACAUUGCAAUUUUGUUCACUACAAUUGUUGUACAUAUUAAAUCCAUCCUGUUAUUUUUAAUUGUAACUCAGAUGUUCUGUCAGAAGCAACUUAAUCAAGCACAAAUCACCUCCCUAUCUAGGCAGCAAGGCGUCGUUUAGAAGUAAAUGAGAAUUUGGAGGACUAUAUCAACAUAUUUUUUUUUUCUGUUUUAUUCUUACAGGGGAAUACUUUUCGUACGUCUUACGAUUUUUGUUGAAUUGGAUCAAGAAUCCGCACUUUUCGUUCACUUGUUUCCAGUCUCUGCUCCUCCCGGUGAAUGACUUGGGAGAGGACGAUGAAGAGUUGGACGACGAGGGGUAUCAUUUUGAAGACGGCAAGAUGGAGAUAGUAUCCAUCCACCCAGAUCCCAUGCAAAAUAACGACAAAGUACUCAACCCCACAGGGGAGGAAAACAAAGCGUCUUUCUCUAAUCCUAUUUAUGAAGAAAUGAAAGAUGACCCCUAUGCCAUCAUCCCCGUUCCUUUGGACAUGAACCGCAAAAAACCCCGAAACAUGCCUUCUACAGUCAGAUUCAAAGAUGAAGCUGCCAUUUACGAUGAGUUGAAAGAGCAAGAACCUCGUUAUGUCAAUUACUCAGCGCACGGACAUUUCGCCAUUGAUGUCAUCCCCGAGGAAAAUGAAAAUGAAGGGAAAGAGGAGAUCAAAGGAUCCGAAAUCCAGGAUGGAUCCCAAGAGGGCAAAGAGCUGAACGAGCAGGAGGAAGCGAAAGAAGAGGAGGAGGAAGAGGAAGAGGAAGAGGAAAUAGUGGAGAUGUGCGACCAAGAGGUACAGACAGACUUGACAACUCUUGAGAUGGAUGAGGAGACCAUAUAUGAGCUUUUCGGCGAGCCUCAAGAUGAAUCUCUGUAGGUAUCUACCCAAGCCCGAUGACGGGUUUAGAAGGUAAAAAUAAUCCAUUCCUCUUCGCCAAUCAGUCUAAAGCGCACAAUGCAAACUACCAAAGGAUACUGGGGGCUCGCGUGUCUCGCACCCUAGAAUCUACUAUCUCCGCCGUGCUUUAUGCGUAAGUGUUCUUCGCAGCUUGGGGAAAGGAAACGAUUUUUACGGGGGUAUAUUAUGAGUGCAGCCUCUUUUGGUAAGUUGUAUUCACUGUAACCAUGAACUGUCUACAUUUUCUCGUUCAGAAAUAGAGGUUAAUUAAGAAGCUAAUACAAACCUUUGUGCAAAAAUCAUCUGUGUAUCUCACAAUUAUAUAAUCUUUUCGCUUUUAAUCAUAGGUUUGCUGGGUUGCCAGAAGAGCUCCUUUCCGACAAGAAAGGCUCCAUCGACCAGCAGAACGAAGCAGAGGCGGACCUGGAAACAGAAACUACUCUGGAAGCAGAGGAUCAAGACACUUGUCCUAGCGACGAAGAUAAUGAAUUGGCAUCGGAAUCGGAAAUAGGGGAAGAGAACAAGGCGUUCUCUAGCGACUGGUCCAUCAGCCUCGACAGCGAGGAGGUAUCGGUACCGGAAACCUCCCAGUCUGCACCGGAGCCGAAAGUAGUAGGCCGGGAGAACGAGGCGUUCGCGAGCGCCUGGUCCGUCAACCAAAACAACGAAGAGGCAAUGGCGUUGGAAGUGGAAUCUGCACCAGGGUCGGAGCUAGGGAAGGAAAAUUAUACGUUCUCAAGCGCUCUGUAGGAAUUUUCUCCGCCAUAGAAGCGUAUCAUUUAGCAGAAUGUGAAGGCAGCUUUUCUUGACUUUUUUAGGUGUUGAAACAUUUACCUAGUUUAUCGCUUCUCAAAUCAUGAGCGUUUUUCUAGUUGAGCUUUUUGAAGGUUAGAAUCGUUUGCUAGAUUUGCUUAGCCAUUGCAUGUGUCAGGUAAUUUUCUGGCGGUUGUAUACUUUUAUGCCCACAUUAAGGGCUGAUAGAUAGCUAGAUACUGAAUCAGGAAAACAAAACAGUGUUAUUUAAGGAAUGGCGCUCUUCCUUGCUUCUCUCAGUCUCCUCUUGAAGGCGAAGCUUCAUGCAUGUCCAAUGAUUCUCUACGAAAAUGAGUUUUAUUUCGUGGGAGUCAAAUCUCGUUUUAGCCCUCAGAGAUAUUCGUUGCACGAAACCAAAGUUAUUUCGUAAAUGGCCAACAGAUGGAAAAAGAUGUAGUCUCGGGUUUAUUUGAGAUAAAGCCUUUUCUUUGAUUGGACAAAACACUUCAAAGGUCUCUACAUGAUUGAUACACCGAUUAACCGAAAUAACACGAUUGUAUUCCUGUUUCAUAAUAUAAAUCAAUUUUAUCUAACAAUUGUAUACGAAUUCAAGUUCAAUUCAUUAAUUCACCAAACCCAGCCAAGCAAUGAAAAGGAGGAAAAUUUGUAUCUUCUAACUUGAUUGCCAAUGAAACGUUUAUCAUGAAUAUUAUCAUUACUAUAAAUUUCAUAAUUCUGAUUACAUUUAUUCCUAUUAUUAUUAUUAUUAUUGUUACUAUUAUUAUCAUUAUUAUUGCCAUUAUUGCUAUAUCACUGCUAUUAUUUUUUAUUAUUUGGUAAUUGGAGGAAAUGUUUGUUAACCAUUAGCGAGAAUUUCAAAUGCUAACCCACUUUUUAAGUUGUACGAUAUUUACUGUCAGCGGUGUGACCUUCCCUCGUGCACUAUUUUUUAGGCUAGUUUUACUUUUAUAUUCGCCAUAAGAUACCAAUGUUGGAUACAAACAAAAGGAAGAGCCAGGUCUUUUUAUGAUGUACUUAGGAAGUGGCUGGGUUUUUAAACAAUAUGUAGGCACAAGAGAAUACUCUCUCGGUAAGCAUAAUUACUUAAAUAUUUGCAUCGUUUUAGAGGUGGCUCUCUUAUGCAAGCACCAAAAUCGUUUGCGCAGACUCACAAGGAUCUCAUAGCCUUACAUCAGUAGUUUAAAGAGUUGUCUUGUUUUGUUUUUUACUUCCAUUUAUCCACGCGAAUGGAAAACAACAUUUUCUCUCAGUAAUUAUAAAAUCUGGGACAUUCACCGUUUACUUUUCCUCAGUCAACUAUGCAGACAUCAUAACAUUUUCAUUUUGACAUGUUUGAGACAGUUAAAGCAUUUGGUAACUGCAAAACAUAAGAGAGCUAUCUAAAAUACUAUUUAUCACUCGUUUAUCUAGGAGGUUGAUAUUUCAAAGAACUAGAUAAAGAUACUAAAAUUGGUCGUUACUUGGAGUUCUGCCUGCAGUUACAAAAUUUUGUAGACACUUUAAUAGUUUGUGUAAUUUUGGUAAAACGCUGAGGCAGGAAUAAAACUCGAGCAAGGAAUCACGAGACGAGUUUGCGAGGUGGAACCUGUUUUAAUGGCCCACGCGUGAACGUGAGCCGAGCAUGAGACCCAGAGUCGACUGAGAAGUAACCAAUCACAGCUGACUUACACUAAUUCAGUCCUACAACCAAUAAUACAACGGAAAAAACGAACAAUAGGCUCUCAUGAACCAGACCUAUGGCCCUUGAAAAACAAAAUGAUCCUUACUUGAUGCUGUCGAAAUGUCAGAGACACUGUCAUAGUCAACAGUCCCGAGUUCAAAUAAGUUAUUUUUCUAUGAUUGAUAAGUUGUUGUUAUUUUGAAAAAAGUGGUUUCAAUCGAUCUACCUCAAAUCCCACCGAAUUAAUAUAACACUUUUCUCUUUCGAGGCCCUUCGUUUUAAAAUUGACAAAGUUUCGUUUAUGAGUAUCAUCGUUUAUCAAUGUUAUCAAUCUAUCAAUCGAUUAUCGACUUCACGGCUUUCCCAGCUGAACUACCCCAGUCUCCUCUCGAUUCUCGCUCAACGAGAAAAACAUGGCGGACGCCACGGCAACUCACGAAGGUCCAGACGCAGCUAAAGAUACAUCUACUCCCCUGAAUAACGGAUCAGAGGGAACAUUUAAUGGAAGAAUUACAUCCACCAGUCGCCCGUUCAGUUCUCAAGAGCCGUGGAAUAUGCUUUUUUACUGGAUGUCAGCUCAAUAUUAUCAACAAUAUUACUAUCAGCUGUGUUCCUACAUGUACUAUUGGCAAACGCUAGCAUCGCAUCCAAUGUACCAAGGAGCUUUUCAAACCCAAAGUGUCGAUCCACAGACGAGUUUAAAUCAGCAGGGAGCACAGGCCGUUUUUGGUGGACAACAACCUCCAAAUAUUCAGCAAAACCGUACAGCCCCUUGGUUGAAUUUCCAAGCUAGACAACCAGCAGUUAGAACAGGUGGGUUUCGUAUUACACUAAAACUUUAAAUUGGUCACAAAAUGCCGCAUUUUAUUUGUAAGAAUCGAAAAUGCAGAUGAUUUAGUGUAUAAGACGGGCUUCAGUGCGGUAUUUUACGAAUCAGCUUUGUUUGUUGUUAUGCGAUUAUUCGUCUAAUUGUACAUGUACCCUACUCAUUAAAAUAAGUUUCUUUUUCACUUACUUUUUUUUACAAGUACUGUUAGCUUCCUUACAGUCCUCUUGUAGACAGUUACAUUGUAAUGAACAUGUUUCUAGGUACAUUAUUUGUUGUAAGAAGCCAAGGGUAAGUUAAGAUAUACAGAUUUAGAACUAAGGAAAUAAUUUUGAGGGAAGAGAAGAACAAGAUGGCUGAGCUUAACUCUUUAACUCCCAAGAUCUCAUUCUUAAUUCUCUUUACUGUCUGCCAAAUGAUUCUCAUUAUGUUAGUGCGGAGAAUUUCACAUCGGAUCAAUUAGUAAUCAAAUAAUUGAUAUUUUUCUUUAUUCUCAUUACUUGUCUGUAUGAUAUUGUACAGAUAUAGUAAGGAGAAAUUCUGUGUUGGUCACUCAUGGGAGUUAAAGGGUUAACUCAGUCAGGUUUUAAUCAGCAGAAGCCAUAGUGGCCUUACCAUCAGUGUGCUGAACAUUGGGUUAUGAAAUCUGGAUUCCAGGCUUGGUCAGGUCAUUAUGAUGUGUUGUCUUCUUAGGCACAACAAUUCACUCUCUCCCCCCCCCUUUUUUUUCUUUGCUGGUGGGGUGGGGGGGGGGAUUUGAGAUAUCCUGGUUUUCCAUCUAAGGGGAGAACAGAAAUACUCCAGUCACCUCAUGCCAUUGAACCUAUGCCGAGUUUAAGCUAUAUGUUGAGUAAAAGUUCAGAUUUCUCCAACAGUGUUUUGAUUAGAUGAAUGGUCAGUAAUAUAAAAUUAUCCAACCUCUCAGUUACAGAUCUGGUCACUUGAUGACAAAAUUUUUGUAAUUUUGUUUUUUACUCGCAGCUUGUGAAGUUAAGCUCGCCCCUGUUUCUAAGAGGAUCUAUGCAGAAAUACUGGAUUUCAUCUUUCUCUACUUUACAAAGGUCCUUGUGUUCUCAAUAUUUUAGUAAGUACAAAUGACUUAAAUACAAAGUAAAUCUCCACAGUUAAAUAACUGACUUUACCAUGGAAACUUUUUUGAAAUCAUAAUCUCAGAACAGAGUGAACAAGUUGAAGACAUAGCCCCAUGAGAUGGAAGCCUACUAAAAGCUUUUUAACCUCCAUCACCCUAACAUUAGUAUUUAUAAUCUCCAAACUGUUCUCCUUACAUUCCUCAGGGCAAUAAUAAAGAGAAUGUGUUAGAAAAUCAGGAGCUUUUUAAAUUGGAGAUCAUUUCCUUUAUUCUCACAACCUUUACAUUUGAUUUAACCCUUAAACUCCCGUUAGUGACCAAGACAGAAUUUCUCCUUACUAUAUCUAUACAAUAUCAUGUAGAUAAGUGAUGAGAAUAAAGAAAAAUAUCAGUUAUGGGAUUACUAAUUCAUCCCCUACGAAAUUCUCCUAACUAACAUGAUGAUAAUCAUUUGGCAGACAGUAAGGAGAAUUACUAGUGAGAUCUUGGGCAUUAAAGGGUUAAGGGUGAUACUGUAAGGAGAAAUUAGAAGCCAGUCACUUUUUGAAGCAAAGGGUUAAAACAUUGUUAUGAAGGGGGCUUCUAACAGGGUUUCAAUAGGCAAGAGCCUUCAAUAGGUGUAAUAGACAGCUGUGCCGUAAGGCAAUACCCAAGCACAAGAGCCUGCUCGCAGUCUAAACAGAUGGCUGUCAGAGGUUUUACAGGUCAGGGUAGACGGCCAGUCAGUGGCUCCGUAUUGAAACCCUUGGCUAUUUCCAGGAUUUGAAACUUAUGAUCUCUGCCCUAAGUUCUUUGAAAUGCUUUUGAUAUGAUAAUCAUAACAUGGUUUGAGGCUCUGAAAGUGACAUUCACUGAAAUUAUUCAAACAGCUUUCCAGGAUUAAUCCCAACCAAAAGCACAAUCAAAUGUUACACCUAGGCUCAAACCAUAAACAGUAAAAUUGUUGAUUUUUUUUCUUUCAGUGAUGAUUUGGAGAGAUACACACAGUUACAAUACACUUUGAUAACAGAUGAUAAUACAAGUCUGAAAGAUAUUGAGGAACUUCUUAUACAAGCUUUGGUCUACCGAUUAAUAGUGUUUGCUUUUGAGGUAAAUAUUGAAAGAUAAGGAAGAAUUCUAUCAAUAAUUGAUAUGUUUUCCCAUUUUAGUGCUUUUUUCUCCUUCUAAGUCUUCAGUAUUUUGUGGUUUCCCUGAUGCUGAAGUUUACUGAGCACAGAAUGACUCUUAAAGAUGACAUAGCUAUCUUCAAGCAAGCUUAAUUUACAAUUGAAUUAUCUUAGAGUUACAGCAUGUUCAAUGAACAAUAUUUUGGUUCUUCUUAUGUCAAGGUGUUUUUCCUCAUGGGUGGACUACACGGUAGUGUUGGUGGUGCCACACCCGGCAAGUACCUCAUGGGAUUGUCAGUUGUGGCAACAGAGACCAUUACUACUGUGGCUCCUGGUUUUGAUGGUGACCGAGUUAGGAUUGAACCUGGUGGUAACCUGGGACUUCGAAGGUACAUCAUAAAUUAGUAAGGAUUUAUGGAAUAAAUCACCACAGUGGUGCAGGGCUCCAGCUCACCUUUUUGUUACUCUUUCACCCCUAAGAGUGACAAGAACCUGAUAUCUUCCUGCAGCACACCUUCGAAAUCAAACAUCAACCCUUUAACCCCUAAGAGUGACUUAUUAGCAUCUAAUUUCUCUUUACAAUAUCACCCCUCAGUCAUGCAGAAAGGUCAUGAGAAUAAAGAAAAUUAUCAGCAGCCAAAGAAGUUGUUGAUGUAACACAAAUUCUCCUUGUCAGCACCUAAAGGACUGUAUGCAGAACAGUAUGGAGAAUACCUUUACUGAUGUUAGAGUGUAAAGGGUUAAGAUCACAAGGAUAAAGGAAAUGAUAACCUACAAAUUAAAGAAACUCUUGAUUGUUAAACAAGUUCUCCUUGUCUGGCCCUUAAGAAAUUUUUAAGAGAACAGUAUGGAGAAUAUGCAUACUGAUGUUAGGGUGCAAAGGAUUAAACACAAUUUGGUGACCUUAAACUAUAAAAUGUUUACCUAAAGAAAUAUUUUUGUGAGUUAAAAAAAAAAAAAAAAGAAAAAUCAUUUUGUGCAAUAUUAUGUACCAUUGCAAAAUAAUUUUUACCUCACUUAAUCCUUUACUUCCAUGAUCUCAUUAGUAAUUCUCUUUCCUGUUAACCAUACAUUUCUUAUGAUGUUAGUUUGGAGAAUUGGGUACUGAAUUAACUAAUAAUCCCCUUAUUGAUAUUUUUCUGUAUUCUUAUCAUAUGUCUGCUUGAUAUUGUAUGGAUACUGUAAGGAGAAAUUCUUUCUUGGUCACUAAUGGGAGUGACAGAGUUAACAGUGUGUAACUUUAGAACAUUGAUAAUAUAUAGAUUUAGCCAAGCCUAAAAGCAGGGCUCGCAUUUUUUUUUCCCCACACGUCAGGUUGUCUGACUCGGAGCCCAGUGUACUGACCACUGGACUACUGGACAAAGCCAUGGUGUUGGCGUGCCUGCAGUACAGUUGACCACACAUGUUAAAAGUAGCACUUUGUACAGUCAGUUGUAUGGUUGUACGAUCAUAAGUCCAAAUUUUUUCGGCUUGAUGGGUUACUACUACCAUUUUGUAUAAUUAUGGGGCUACGCUCUGUGAGCUCUGCUCCUAAGGAAUGAAAAUGUUACUGGAAGAACUAAGGAAAAAUUUUCAAAUGAAUGGGAUUUUGCCCCAAUAUUUGUUCAUCUGUAAUUAUUAAUUAAUACUUAACAGAUAAAGUGAGCACAAGUUAAUUUAUGCACAAUUUUAUUUUAUUUUUUCACAGAUCAUUUUUAAGAGCCCUUGUGAAGAAUUUCUCCAUGACUUUUCUCUUCCCAGUCUUUUUGACCAUUUUGUUUUUCCAGCACAAUCGCACCAUCUAUGAUGUCAUAGCCAAUUCUACAGUUGUUGUCACCGGUUCACCACAACCUCGACAAGCACAGGAUCGCCAUCAGUGACAGGGUUGAUAUAGUUUUGUGCAAGAUAAUUCAUUAAAGUACAUUGUUAUACCUUGUGUAUUUAAAUACUCUCCACAGUUCCUCUACAUAGUCUUUGCCCACAUGCAAAUACAGAAAAGAACCAUGAAUUUCAUUGAGAUGGAUAUUGAGUAGAAGUGUCAGUUUGAUUUUAUCUUGGACAGGAGCAGUAAGGACAACAUUUGGGUGAAAUAAAGAAGAGUGGGUGCUUGAUAUACAUUUUAAGAUUACUUUCCCUUGUAAGAAAAACAGAAGUGUCUCUUGUUUGCACUUUUCAAGGAAGCUCAGAAGCAUUACUAACAUUACUUUAGGUGAGAAACAAAAUGUAAAAAUAGAAAGUCACAGAAAAAGGUUCUUUGUGGCCUUUCUUUCCUCAAGUUGUAGCAUCAGUGUCUAUACCAGGAAAUUAAGAACAGAACACUUUACCAAUUGAAGAUCAAAGAGCCAAUUGUCCUUCUUAGGUGGUAUUCAUUUGGAGCAAACUUUAAAAAUAACCACCCCUUCAUUGGGGAGUUGUAGCCUUUUACCUUUCAAACAUUUGAAACUGAGUGGACCUCCCUGGUUCAUCUCCUGAGAAAUCAACAGUUGGCCUCAAAAUCAAGUAAGAGGUUAUUCUCAUGACCUUUAUAUUUGAUUGAAGGGUGAUAAAAUAGGGAGAAAUUAGAAGCCAGUCGCUCUUAGACGUUUAAGCAUUUUGAUACUCGGCAUUAGUCUGUUACAAGCUCUCUGCGCAAAGCCCCUUCUUUGACAUUAUUAAUUGACAUUAUUAAUUGACAUUAAGUAUUUGGAAUGUUACUUAGUGUUUUCUGUAACUGUUCUUUUCACUUAAUUAUAACAAAGAGGGUUAGAUGUGAAAAAGGGAUGGAGUAUGUGAGGAGUGCAGGUUUGCAACAAUUGUAAACC